UCCAAAAUUUGUGCGAUGCGGUCACGAUCGAAAACCACAAGCUUUGAACGGCGCCGCGGCCGCGCACGAUGGUGGGACGCAGGCAGCAGUGGUGGCAACAAUAGUGCGCCGGCGACAGUGCGCCCGGCACGCUCGCGCGAAUAUGCUGUGCCCCGCGCGGUGCUCCUGCUUCCUGUGUCGCGAGCUGCAGUCCUGCCGCGCCGCCGACGCCCGCAAGCCGCCCAACAAGAUGUGCGACAACUUCAUCCUGAAGAAAGCGGAGGCGUGGGAGCCGAUGAAGUUCAUUCGCGGAGCCGCGAGGCUGUCGGUCCGACACUGGCAGAAUAGGGAGCCGGCUACCCCGGUCAAGACCAGGCUCGCCGCCCACAAGUCCACCAGCUGCGAACAGCUAUACCCACAUCCCUCAGAAGAAGAGGGAAUGUUCGGGAUGAGAAGGGCUCCGAGUACGGAUCGCGUCAAACCCCAAUCCGAGCACAAAAGUGUAUUCAAGUUGCUUGGAAACUCGCGUCACAAAAAAGUAAACAGCAGUGAUGCAUCUGAAUCUAAAGUGCGACGCAGUGUCCUAAAUUUCAGGAAGAAUGACCAGCCUAACUCUAAAAAUAUUCACGAGAAGUAUGUUCCUCUCCCGCAGGCGUCUCUAGUGGAACACAUCUACAGUGAGCCAAGGCCCUGGACCUCCCAGUUUGACGACUGUUGCCGGCCUCCAGUAUACCAAAGUGUUGAGAAAAUAAAGGAAGAUAAAGGAUCGAUUGCUGAGAGGAAAAUGUAUAGUAGUCGACCGGCGUGCUACGAGGAGUUAGCACUAAGGCUUUCACAGGAAAAUAUGAAAAAACCAAGCCUUCCUCUUACUGAGGGUGGUUUGGCUAAUAAAAUAACACAGAAUAAUAAUAAAGUGGUGAUAUAUUUUGGAGAUUCUAUCAUCCGAAAACACGGUGAGCAAAGGAUCACAGUAGAAAAAAAUAUUAAUGAAGAAACACCCCACAAGGAGGAAGUCAUUUAUGCAAAUCGUCUCUUAGAUGAGACCGGGAAUUUAGGGCUCAGCAGGGAAGUGGAUAAAGGAGGAACGCAGCUCGUCUCCGAAGUCGAAGUGCCGGAAGCGAUUUAUUCAGAGAUUAAAUCGGGUGAAAACAGGGAUCCGUCGGAAAUGGUGACCAUCAACGACGCGACGUACAAGAAAGAUGCGUUCGAGACUAUGAGUUCGGACGGAUUCCUGAUAGUCGAGUUUGAGGGUAAUUUCGAGAGGGCCCGGCAGUUAGUGGACAUGGUGCACGGAGGGACUGACCAUCAUGAGGCUACAGUGCUGGACGAAGACGAAAACUGUGACUGGAGCUUCAUCCAAGAUUGGCGUAAACGACCGUCGAGCGGCGGGCGGCCCGACGAGUGGUGUGGCGUGGCGGGCGCGCGCGCGCUGCGUGUGCGCGUGUGCGCGGCGGCCGACGCGCCCGCGCCCGCGCACGCGCGCCGUCUGUCGCCGCCGCCGCCCGCGCGCCGCGCUUCCACCCCGCCGCCGGUGGAUCCCGACACCAAGGCCCUGACCAGCCACAAAGAGCCGGCAAACGGCGCCGUGGCGCUGAAGACCGUGAGCGGCGUGUCGCCGCUGACGGCGGCGUCGGCGCCGGUACGCGGCGCGCCGCCGCAGACAAGCUACGCGCUCGAGCGGCGGCCACGCCACGACCACCACCAUCGCCCGCCCGACGCGCAACCUGCUCAGAAUGGGGUCCGCGACUGCAACAGCAGUUCCGAUGAGAACAGGUCUUCGGGGCACGCGUCAAUGUCAGACAGCGGCGGCGCGGGGGACGCGGGGCGGGAGGAGCCCCGGCGGAGCCGCCAGCAGCCGCACGUGCGGGGAAAGCACAGGCCGCACAACAAGUUGCAGUCACCGUGGCCGGGAGGCGGGGGGCUCGAGGACAUCAGGUCGGCCAUCAAGCAGCUGACGCUGCGCUCCAGAGAUAGCAGCAGCACGGCUACCAGCGGCGCCUCCAGUGGAAAUGGGGCUCAAGAGACCGGCAGCGCAGCAGAAGCCCGCCGCCGCCGGGCGCCGCUCGUGCGACAGCCAUCUUUGGACACCGUGUGCACCAACGUCACCAGCGCCGACGAGUUCGUGUGGGUGGAUUCACAUAACAGAUUAGUUGAGCUGCGCUGUGUACCGUGGACGGCGAGCGAGAUGAGCCGCGCGCUGCAGAGCGGCCGCUGCAAGGAGUUGGCCCCGAGGCUCGCUCCCGACGCGCCGCCGAGACUCGCCUACCUGCUGCAGAGAGCCUUAGUCCGAAUAUCGCGGGAAGCCCAACGACUGUCGCAGAACUUCGGCUUCUGCUCCAAGCACGAAGUCGCCGGGGCCUUCAGGAUUGUACUCAGCACGUCGCUCGCUGAUACUUGCAUCAAGGGUUGUCAACGCGCAGCCACGAUGUACGCGACAUCGGGCAGCGCGGCGCGGCGGCUCGGCUCGGCGGCGCGCGCGCGCACCAGCCUGGCCCCGGGCCGCUUCCAGCGCUGGAUGUUGGACGUGCGCGUAGCCUCCUUCGUACACGAAUACGCGGCGAUCUACCUCUGCGCUGGUAUGGAAACGCUCUUAGAAGAGAUCACCCUGUCCGCGGGCGGCGGCACCGGGCCGGUGACGCCGGCGGCGGUGGACCACGCCGUCGCCAACUGCGCGGACCUGUGGGGCCUGCUGCAGCCCUACAGCCACCUGAAUGCCGGCCGCGUCGCCUCAGGAGCACUGUCUAUUUCUCGCUGGGAGUCCAUGAGCUCGAUGGGUUCGGGCUCAUCGUCUGGCCCCUGCCGCCCAGAGCACAGGCAGUUGGGACUCAGCCACGAUUCGGGCAUCACCACUAAUGGUUCUGGCGGUUCAGGCACCUCCGCCGGAUCCAACGGCAGCACUGGAUCAGGCGCGUCGGUGCUGCUGACUACCUGCGCGGGCUCCGCCGCCGAGCUACGCGCCGUGCUGCGCCGCGUCGCGCCACGUCACGCGCCGCUGUCGCCCGCGGCCGAGCGCGCGCUCUACUACUUCAUGCGCUGCUCGCAGUUGGAACACAAUUCGAACGCAGCAUCAACGGCCAGUUGUGCUACCGGGCUGUGGGGCGAGCGCGGCGCCGGCGCCCUGCCUCCGCUCGGCGAAUGGGUCCGGGUUAUCAGAGCGCAUGCGGCGCUACGGCCCCCGCCAGCCGUGCCAGACGCCGACGACGUGCUGCAGGCCGCCCGGCUGCUGCUGCCGCACGCCGACUGUCCACCCAGACCCGUUACAUUGGAAGAAGCAAUAGAACCAGCGUGGUCCCGCUGCACGCGCGCCACGGACGAGCUGUCCCGCGCCGCGCUAGGACUCGCGCAGCGUGCGCUUCUGAGCGGCCGGCCCGACCUGCUCGGCAGCGUGAAGUCGCUGCUGCCGCAAGCGGGGCUCGACGCUACCGACGCUGCGGGGCUAACAGUGCUCAUGAAAGCGGCGCUCGCUGGGGACGAUCAGAUUGUAGCCAUGCUGUUGGAGUCGGGUGCGGACCCGAACAUCGAGACGCCGGGUGUGGCGGCGCCGCACGCGUCACUCCUGUCCCCGCGCUCCCCGCACGGGGCCGCCACCCCCUCCCCCGCCGGCAACCAGUCGCCUGCUUACACCCCUCCUACUGCUGGCUGGACGGCACUAGUGUACGCGUGCAGCGGCGCGGGCGGCGGCGGCGCGGUGGAGUGCGCGCGCAAGCUGCUCGGCGCCGGCGCGAGGGUCGACGGUGCGCCGGCGCGGGGCGAGGACGUCUGCACGCUCACGCCUCUGCAGGUGGCAUGUGGUGCCGGUAACCAAGAGUUGGUGCAACUCCUGCUGUCCCACGGAGCGGACCCGUUCCUUUCCACGCAGCUGAAUGACGCUUUGUGCUAUAGUGCUGCAGCUCAGUAUGGAUGCUAUAGCGCCGUAGCGGUGUGCUGCACGCACGGUGCGCGCUCGUGCCUGCGCUCGUGCGUGCGCGGCGGCGGCGGCGGCGCGCGCGCCGGCGCCGUGCUGUCGCUGGAGGAGGUGCUGGCCGAGGGCGCGCCGCCCGCCGCGCGCCCCGCCUUCACCAAGCAGCAGCAGCGCGCGCUGCAGGACGCCAUGUACUACGCGGCCGAGACCGACCACUUGGAUAUUACGUUAGAACUGCGAGCCUUAGGCGUGCCCUGGUCUCUCCACGCGUGGACGUUGUCUUUGGCGGCCGCUGCGGAAGCUUCAUUGGACCAUGUCAUAGACCAACUGCUGCAGGACUUUUUGCAGGUGUGUCCGUCGGACGAUAGUCACUACAGCAAGCAGUUCAUUUACGAGUGCCUACCAUUGCUGUUCAACAUUCUACGAUACAGCAAGAAGGAGGGCACAGUGCUGUUGCUAGCGGACAUCCUGUGCGCGUGCUACGGGUGGGAGCCGGUGCCGAGCGUGCUAGAGCCGCCGCCCGCGGCCGCGCCCACCCCCGCCCGCGUCGACCCCUCCUAUGUCAACAACCCCUCGCUCGCCGACGUCACAUUCAGAGUGGAAGGUCGCCUGUUCUACGGGCACAAGAUAGUGCUGGUGUCGGAGUCGGCGCGCCUGCGUGCGAUGCUGGCGCCGCGCGCGCCCGGCGACGCGUCCGCCUCCGCGUCCGCGUCCGCGCCCGCGCCCGCCGCGCCGCCGCUUGUGCAGAUCAACGAUAUACGAUACGACAUCUUCGAACAAGUAAUGAAGUACCUGUACUCGGGCGGCUGCGGCGGGCUGGAGAUCCCCGACACGGACGUGCUGGAAGUGCUGGCCGCGGCGUCCUUCUUCCAGCUGCUGCCGCUGCAGCGGCACUGCGAGGCGCGCGCAGCCAAGUCCGUGGGGCUGCACAACCUUGUCUCCGUGUACAUCCAUGCCAAGGUUUAUGGAGCAACGCAGCUUCUAGAAUACUGUCAAGGAUUCCUGCUUCAGAACAUGGUAGCUCUCCUAACGUAUGACGACUCGGUGAAGAGACUGCUCUUCGGCAAACGACUGCCCGGCCACAACGUUCUGGGCGCUCUGCUCACUACCCUGCAAAAGAGAGUUGAGGCUAGGAAGAGUCAGGCUAAAAGCAGAUAGCAACUGGCAACACUAGACAACG